AUGGCGGCGGAAUUGAAACAGGGUCGUCGCCGAACGAACAGCAGUGCUGUCCCCAUCGGCCGCAACGGCCAUGCGCGAGGGGCGUCGGUGCAGGUCCAGCCAAAGUCGAGUCACACAUCAGACGAGUUCCUCAGACCGUUCCUCACGCCGGGCUUCGACCCGGCCUCCUUCCUGAAUUCCACCCUGCCGCCCCUGCAGCGGUCGGCGGCGACAAGCACAGAGAGUUCCGGUGUUGCUGAGCUGUCGACGCAGGCCCAGACUCUCAUCAACCAGCUUAACGCCCACACUUCAAGACUGUCUACCACGCUGACAUCGUUGACCGAUGAUAUCCUACGGAGUGGGAGCAGGUUGGCCUACGAGGUGGAGCUGCUACGUGGAGAGACCCUGAGUCUUACGGAGACCAUGCACGACACCCUCCAGGAGGACAUUGAGAAGUUCGUGCCCGGGGGCUUGAAGACUGCCAAAGAGGAGAGGAAAGACGGAGCAUCAGAUGACGGCCGUGGGAGCCCGACAUCAGAGACGGCGGAGGAGGAGGCAGACAUCGUCGAAGAUGCAGGGGACCCGCCCUAUGUCAAGCAGCUGCAGACCCUCACACUGGUGCGUGAGCGCCUGGAAGCUGUCGUCAGGACGUUCGGGGAUGCGAUGGAGUUCGUGUUCCCUCCCUCAGAGCUCUCGGUCAGCAGCUCCUUUCUUUCCGUGUCUGCGCCGGAACCGGGAUCCCAGCAGCAGAGCUCUGAGGACAAGGGCCAGGAGGUGCUUAGGAAGCUACGAGAGGAAAUCUCAAACUUAUUACUGCGCUCCGAGGACCCUGUGGAUGGGAUCGCCAAGGCUGCUGAGAGGAUCGAGGAGUUGAAGCUCCUGACUACGGUGUGGAAGGGGACAUCCGAGGAAAAUGGAAGAAAUAAGUUUAUUGAAAGCCUAGCGAAGAUGGUUGAGGAUAGACACCGCGAACUAAUGAGAGAUAUGGACCCAGGGACCAGAAAGGAUGGCAAAUUGGAGGGAUCGAGGGCGCGGAAGGGCAGCGUCACGAGGGAUGCUGCUGUAGCUGGGGAAUCAAAACCAAUGCCGGGCGGAUUUGGUCUUCUUACUCAACUGCAACGGCUGCGAAAUGGUAUUUAA